AUUGAACCACUGUAGUAGUUUGAAUUACUAGUUCUACUCUUAUCAUUGUGAAACAAAUUGCCCAAUUGUUCGAGAUAUUCAACAUGAGAUUUUUAUCCAAAGAUUGGGUGGUUUCAUGGGCACUAUUACUUCUUGUGUCAUGCACAACAUUCUCAUCAGCUUCUUUGGGGAAACCUGAGAACAAAAUAAAAACAUCUGUUUUUCUAUCACCAAAGAUUGAGCUAGGUCCAGGGUUAGUUUCAAACAAAAAUUAUUUUGAUGUUGACUUUCCAAGAGGCCAUAUUGCAAUCAAGAGUUUCAAUGCUGAAUUAGUUGAUGAGGCAGGGAAAUCAGUACCACUCCAAGAAGUAUAUCUCCACCAUUGGGUUAUAGUAAGAUACCAUCAACCCAAAAAUGUGUCACAAAAUAAUCAAACAGAUAAUAUUGUUAUAGUGAGAAACAGUGGCUUUUGCCAAGAUGGUUUUCUUGUCCAAUAUUUUGGGCUAGGAUCAGAAACAAGAGGAACUGCCACUGAUAUUCCAGACCCUUUUGGAAUAGAAGUUGGAAACCCUUCAGAAAUUCCCUAUGGAUUUGAAGAGAAAUGGUUGAUCAAUGUGCAUGCCAUUGACACAAGGGGUGGUGUGGAAGAUAGGCUGGGGUGCAUUGAGUGUAGGUGUGACCUUUAUAAUGUCACAAAGGAUGCAGAUGGUAACCCUUUGAGUCCAUAUUAUAAGGGAGGUUUGGAUUGUUGCCCUGAUAAUAGCACGUGCAGGUUGAACAAAGGCUUCAAGGGUCCUAAGAGAACCCUAAACCUUAAAUACACAGUGAAGUGGUUCAGUUGGGACAACUGUGUGGUGCCCCUUAAGAUUUAUAUACUUGAUGUGACUGAUGUUUUGAACGUGUCCAAAGGAGUGAGUCCAAAGCAUAAUUGCAAGGUUGAAUAUCAGGUUGAACCUUGCAGCAAAGGCUACAAUAGUAGUGCUUGCAUUGAUGUCAGAAAGACAAGCUUCCCUAUGCAAACUGGUGGAUAUGUCAUCUAUGGUGUUGGUCAUCAGCAUGUUGGUGCAAAUGAAUCAACUCUAUACGGACAGGAUGGGGGAGUUAUUUGUUCUUCAAUACCAAAAUAUGGAAAUGGAAACGAAGCAGGGAAUGAGAAAGGGUAUGUUGUAGGAAUGUCUACAUGUUACCCUCGACGAGGUACUAUCAAAAUAAAAGAUGGUGAAACCCUAACUCUAGAGAUUAUCUACAGCAACAACCAAAGCCACAGUGGAGUAAUGGGGCUUUUCUACAUCUUGGUGGCUGAACAACUGCCACACCAACACCUCCUUUGACAUUAUUAUGUGUCCUAAGUAAAUUCAUCUUGGAAUGGAUCCAAGAGACUAUUAUAUUAUAUGAUAUCUAUAUGAGCAAAUGAAUAUGUUGUGAUGAAAAAUAAAGCCAGCACUGAGAGUCUUGUAAUAAUAGGAAAGCAUUAAUUUAUUAUACUAUAGUCACAUAUCUUUAGAUAAUAUCCUGUCAACAUAUUUUUCACGACGAAUCGGAUUAAUUAAGAUCAACUGGUUCUUUUCUGUAA